GAGUACUUCAACCGCUUCAUGCAACUCGUGCAGUGGACGGACGAGAAGCACGGGGACCAGAGGAAAACAGUGAAGGAGUACUUGGAGAUCACAAAUUUGGAGGAGUACUUCGAUCAUCUGGGGAAGACUCCCUUGUCCAACAAGGCAGGCCAGGUCAGCGCGGUGUCUAAGGCGUGGCUUGACACCGUGAAGCAGUCCUUGAACUCCCUGGUGGCCUGCUUCGUGGUCCCAGGCAUGGAGGAACAGGCGAAGCUGGUGUACAAGAAGAGGUUCGACACUGCCAGGUCGAAGGCGGGCCAGACGGCGCAGGACCUCGCGGUACCGAAGCACAAGGGCGACAUCUACGUACCUGAUGCCUCGAGGCCAGAGGGCGGGUACUGGGUGAAAAAGCCGCAGGCGACGCUGGAGACAAUGCUCGCGCAUGUGAGCUUGCACGAGGAGAAGGUUCAGCGGCUCGAGUACGACCUCGCCAAGCUUACGCACGGCAACAAGAAGGUGGAGAAGGACAAGGUAGAGGCCGUGAAGCUCGCGCUUGCGAAGCGCAAGCAGCAGCUGCUCGCGGGCUACCUCCUGCUGUGGACGUGCGAGAGGACCAGCGACCUGAGAAAGCUGGUCGUCAACUGGGACAUUGCCGCCUACAAG